GCCGGACCCCUCCCUAACCCCUCUAUUUUUUUUAUUUUUGUCUUUCUCUCUUUCUUCUCCAUCGAAAUAUAAUAACUCGUCAGUUUGUUUCUCUCUCGGCCUCUCCCCUCACCCUUUCCCUCUCUCUCCCCCCAAAAAACUUGGUCUUUUUAUUUUUCCUGUCUCAAAAAAAUGGCGAUCGCCGAGACCCACCCGCAACAACAAGAGAAGGUUUCUUCAGAGGCUUCGGCAGCUGAAAAGAAAAGAUGGACACUUAGCGAUUUUGACAUUGGGAAGCCUCUUGGACGAGGAAAGUUUGGUCACGUUUAUUUGGCUAGAGAAAAGAGGAGCAAUCAUAUCGUGGCACUCAAGGUGCUUUUUAAAAGCCAAUUGCAACAGUCUCAAGUAGAACAUCAGCUACGUCGUGAAGUGGAAAUACAAAGUCACCUGCGCCAUCCCAAUAUAUUGAGGCUUUAUGGUUAUUUCUAUGAUCAGAAACGUGUUUAUCUAAUACUGGAGUAUGCAGCCAAGGGUGAGCUAUACAAGGAACUCCAGAAGUGUAAAUACUUCAGUGAAAGGCGUGCAGCUACUUAUGUUGCAUCAUUAGCUCGGGCACUCAUUUAUUGUCAUGGAAAGCAUGUAAUACACAGAGACAUCAAACCUGAGAACCUGUUAAUUGGUGCACAGGGUGAACUCAAGAUUGCAGAUUUUGGAUGGUCAGUGCACACAUUUAACCGCAGGCGGACUAUGUGUGGUACACUUGAUUAUCUUCCCCCUGAAAUGGUUGAAAAUGUAGAGCAUGAUGCUAGUGUAGAUAUCUGGAGCCUUGGCGUGUUAUGCUAUGAGUUUCUUUAUGGAGUCCCUCCUUUUGAGGCCAAGGAACACUCUGACACAUAUAGAAGGAUUAUGCAAGUGGAUCUGAAGUUCCCUCCUAAGCCAAUUGUUUCAUCUGCAGCUAAGGACCUCGUUAGUCAGAUGCUUGUCAAGGAUUCCUCGCAGCGCUUACCACUACAUAAGCUUCUUGAGCACCCAUGGAUUGUUCAGAAUGCUGACCCAUCUGGCAUCUAUAGAGCUUAAGAUACAUCUGUUCCUCUAAAUUCUUUUGUGAGGAUGAUUGUGCAAAGAUGGUUUCAAAUUAAAUGUUAUGGUUCUUGACACUCUGAAUCCUUACUUUGCAUGUGUCUCCAAGCUUUGUAGUAAUAACAGCAAUUUGUUUGUUAAAUCUAUUGUAAUUCAUUUGUAUGUUAAAAUAGGACGGAUAUGUUGUUCGGUGGUGCGGUACCACCAAAAGUUUAAACUCCCCUUACUCCAGAAAUUGACAACCUAGACAUUAAUUUGUAAGUUUCUGUGGGUUCAAAGUUAAAGAUGAAUGUGUGUCUUGGUGGUUGAAACCAUCUCAUUGUUCCUCA